UUGACAUUUCAUUUCGUCGGCUAGCAAAGAAAAAGUGCAAUUUGUGUUGUUUUUGAAAUCAAGCAAAAAGUAUGCAUACUGAUCUAUCUCCACAUCUGCAUACAUCGGAGUGCAAUAACUUGAUUGAACAACUAAAUAAUUGUCAUAUUGAGAAUACGUUUUCAAAAUUUCUUGGCGUCUGCAACGAUAUUGAUAACCAGUUGGUGAGGUGUUUAAAACGUGAACGUCAAGCACGUGCUGCAGCCAAUCGCGUCAAAGCGGCCGAACGACAAGCUCGCUUAAAGGAGCGUCUAGUGUCCUCAUAA